AUGGCUUCACUUAAAUUAAGCAGCCAAGUUGCAGCCAUUGGCUGGAUAGAUCAGUGUUGGUCAAACAUUGGAGCCUGGGAAAUUCUGGCUGACCCUACAAUAGCUUCUGAGCAUGCUGCUGCUGAAGAACAACCAUUUUAUGAGGACAACAUCUACAUGUACAUCUAUUUUGUAAUCUUCAUCAUCUUUGGAUCUUUCUUCACAUUAAACCUUUUCAUUGGUGUCAUCAUUGAUAACUUCAAUCAGCAAAAGAAAAAGUUUGGAGGUCAGGAUAUCUUUAUGACUGAAGAACAAAAGAAAUAUUAUAAUGCAAUGAAGAAGCUGGGAUCCAAAAAGCCUCAGAAGCCCAUUCCAAGGCCAUUGAAUGCAAUCCAAGGUGGAGUCUAUGACUUUGUCACUCAGCAGGUCUUUGACAUCACCAUCAUGAUUCUCAUCUGCCUCAACAUGGUCACAAUGAUGGUGGAAACAGACGAUCAGAGCAAGGAGAGUGAAGACAUUUUGUACUGGAUCAACUUUAUCUUCAUAAUUUUCUUCACAAGCGAAUGCCUGCUCAAACUCUUUGCACUGAGGCAUUAUUAUUUCACAAUUGGGUGGAAUAUAUUUGACUUUGUGGUUGUGAUCCUUUCCAUUGUUGGUGAGUAA